UGUCUAAUCUAUUCACGACCUUGAUAUUUGAUAAAUCAUCAGUCAACUUGAGAGAAAAUCGAAUCUUGGUUGAUAUCCAGCGAUCCAACCGACAAAACCCCCAAACAGUCCGACCCCUACAGCCAUGGCUGACCGCCAAAAGCCUCCAGCCGGCGCCUCGUCGGAGCCCCACCCUUCUCCUCCUCCUCCUCCGUCCUCUAAGCUGCCUCUGGAUAUCCCUUCGAACGGCAAGUGCCAGUCGGGCAACGACUUCUCGGGCCACAAGUUCAGUUACCCGAACCCUCCGGAAACUGGGAUUCCGGACCCGGUGACGCUCCGGGAGCAGUGGAAGUUCGCGAUUCGUCAGUACAGUCGAUGGUACUCUCAAGCCUGGGGCACCGCCAUCCUCGCCGGUAUCUCCUUCUUCGCCCUCGGUUGGAUCAUCAAGGGCGGAAAUCCCCUGCCGUCGCUCCAGGACAAUCCCCCUGCGCCCGCAGCUCAGUCCCCUCCGCCGCCCGAGAAAGAAUGAACUCGAGGCAGCUCAGAGACACGAUCCAGAUAAUGCUCAGCUGGAUAGACUGAUGAGUUUCUCUGCCUGAGAACGGCACUAGCUACCCAAACAUGGUGCCAAGUAAGAGUUUCCUAGAGCACCUCUGAGAGUGUUCAGCAGAACAAGUUUUCAGUGGAUUGCAAUCGAAAAGCAGUUAGCUGGGCCAUCAUGGGAACAUGACUGGUGGACUUGUUCUUAACAUACGGCUCUUUGUCAUGUUUUGAUUUCCUUCAGCUCAAUGCUCGUGUUUGUGAAUUGGAGGUCCUUUUAGUUGAAAUGUGGUUAAGGCUGCUGUCCAUUACUGAGAUAAACUGGUCUAUAUAUUCCAACGGGUUGUAGGAUGAUUUCUUA